AAACAGGACGUCUCCAUGGAUACAGGAAUAAACAGAUGAUAACAAGCCCUCAGCCUUUAAAGCCCAUUUCAGAAGGGAGUAACAGGAGAGACAGAGAAAGAGAGAGCAGGACAGGAUAGAAGUUGUGCAGACUCGGGAGUGUGUGUGCGUGUGGAUUGCCAGCAGCUGGAAGUCAGUAACUCAGGCCAUUCAAAAGGCAAUGGAAAAGAGGGUGACCUGCUGAUGAAGUUUGCCAAAGCUCUGCAACAAGAAGACAAUUAGUGAAAUAUCUCAAAGCCAAAAUCACAGGACAAUUUAGAUAAUUCACAUAACUUGGAUCAGUCAGAACUGCUAAAUCAGAGCAAUACCCAGUAUGGCAGAAAGCACAGAAAUGGACCAGCUUCUGAGCGCCUUUAAGAAGUUUGCUGUUCAUGGUGACACCAAAGCCACUGGAAAGGAGUUGAAUGGUAAAAACUGGGCUAAACUGUGCAAAGACUGCAAAGUUAUUGACAGCAAGAAUGUCACCAGCACUGAUGUAGAUAUUGUCUUCACAAAAGUCAAAGCAAAGACAUCUCGGGUCAUAACAUAUGAGGAGUUCCAGAAAGCUCUAGAAGAAUUGGCCCCAAAGAGGUUCAAAAAUCAAAGCAAAGAAGAGGCACUGCAGUCUAUGCAUAAGCUAAUUGAGGGCAAAGAACCCGCCAACGUUGGUGUAACGAAAGUGGCAAAAACUGGCGCAGUGGAUCGGUUAACCGACACAUCUAAAUAUACAGGCUCACACAAGGAGCGCUUUGAUGAGAGUGGGAAAGGCAAAGGAAAAGGUGGGCGGGAGGAGAUUGUGGAAAACACGGGCUACGUAGGGGCCUACAAGAAUGCUGGGACUUACGAGGAGAAGACGAAGGCCAAUUAAGGCCCCACUGUUUCCAUGUCAACAAGCUCUGAGCUUCAUCUUUAUCAGCACUUAGGUCUGGACCAAAGCCGAACUUGAACUUUGACCUGUAAAAUCACACAGCCACUAUGCAAUGUAACACAGGAAGUGUUGUAAAUGUUUGUGUUUAAACAUAGUAUUACAGUUGGUUUUCAUUAGAAAGUUGAAAGGGUAAGAAGGAACUGGUGAGGACUAGUCUCACUCCUUUCAUGCAGACCAGCGUCUGCUGUACAGUAUGUAGGAUUUCAGGUGAAAAUCUCAAAGAGCAAGCAUGAAGACAGCUCUUCAAGUGGGGAAACAGAUAAGUGGUGUAUUUGUUUCAGUUUUUAUGUUGUUGUUUAAUAGCUACAAGAAAGGUGCAUCUAAACAUCACAAUGCUUCAGACAGGGAGAAGCGAAACACAGGAAGCCCUUUAAGAGAUUUAUUUUUUCCAACAUGUAUUAUUAUUCCAAAAAUUACAUAAUUGCUGUCAUUAAAUUCUAACAAUAUUCAUUGCCGAAACUUGUCAAAAAUGUAAUUCUUCAAAGGAUAAUGGUAAUCCAGCUUUAUGUGUGUUUAGCUACACUUCUGUUAUUAUUUCCAAAAAUUCAUUGUCAUAUCUGUGUUUUAGUUAGCUUACUGUGUUACUGAAACUGGAAACUGCCUUUGUAUAAACCAUUAUAAAUGAC